AUGGUGCUGUUCCACUGUCAAUGGUUUUGGACUCAUUACACAUACAUGCUGUCCUUUCUGUUCACCAUUGAGGAGAUCAACAGGAAUCCCCAUCUGCUUCCCAAUAUUUCCCUGGGUUCUGAUAUCUAUAAUGCCUUUCCUAGUGAACAAAAUACAAUGGAGAAUGCUCUGUUUUUGCUCUCUGGAGGGAAUCAGGGUUUUUCUAACUACAACUGCCAGACACAGAACCAAUCUGUUGCUAUAAUUGUGGGAACAGCAUCAGAUUAUUCAGUGCAGAUUGGAAGUCUUUUGGAGCUCUACAAAAUGCCUCAGGUCACAUAUGGUCCCUUUGAUCCUGUCCUAAGUGAUAAAGAACAGUUUCCAUCACUUUAUCAGAUGGCCCCCAAAGAUGGCCCUGUGAUCUAUGGAAUCAUCUGGUUGUUAUUGCAUUUUGGCUGGACAUGGGUAGCAGUCUUUGCAUCUUCUGACAUGAAAGGAAUGCAGUUCCUUCAGGAUCUAAAAGAUGAGAUGUUGAAGAAAGAUAUCUGUGUGGCCUUUACAAAAACCCUCCCUGCUGCUACAGGCCUUUAUAGUAUAAUUGAUACACAUUUUGUUAUUCAAAUGCAGUUUCAUUAUUCAAAUGCAGUUUCAUCUGCAAAUGUAUACAUACUAUUUGGUGAUCUAGGGAGUUUCGUGACCUUGCACUUUGUGGAAGGAUUCUACUUAAUCUCAGGGAAAGUGUGGAUAGUUGGAAAUCCCUAUUCCGCACAGUGGAAGUUAGUUUUCUCUUAUUUCAGUAAAAUGCUUCACUCUUUUCAUGGAAGCCUCUCAUUUGCAAACAAGAAGAAGACAAUUCCUGGCUUCAAACAAUUUCUUGAGACACUUAAGCCUUACCAAUAUGCAGGGGACUUUUACUUCACUAAAUUCUGGAUUGAUAUUUUUGAAUGCUCAUUUGCUGGGUCACUAUGUGAUAAAAUUGGAGAUUGCCCACCAAAUUCUUCCUUAAAGUUUUGGACAAAUUUUGACAUGAUGACAACAUCUUAUUUUAGCUAUUUUAUCUAUAAUGCUGUGCAUGCAGUGGCUCAAGUCCUCCAUAAAAUGCUUUUAGAGAAAAUAGAAGUGAGAUCUCCAGAAGAUGCAGACCAUGUUAUACUUCUCCCCUGGCAGCUUCACCCAUUUCUAAGAAAAAGUCAAUUUACAAACAGCGAAGGGGACUACAUGUCGUUUGAUGAUAAAAAACAUAUGGCACAGUAUGAUAUCCUGAACCUUGUGAAGAUUUCUAAUGUCAGUUGGAUGCUGGUUAAAAUAGGAGAAUUUGUCUCCCAGAGUCCAGAUAAUCAAGGCAUGGCUAUCAAUAAUGAGACAAUAAAAUGGCCUGCUACAUUCAAAAAGACUCCCCAAUCUGUGUGUAGCCAGAGCUGUGCUCCUGGAUUCUGGAAAAUUCCACAAGAAGGACAGCCUGCCUGCUGCUUUAUGUGUGAUUUGUGCCCAGAUGGACACUAUUCUAAUCAGACAAAUGCACAGCAGUGUACCCCAUGCCCAGCUCAGAAGUAUCCAAACAGUGAGAAGAAUCACUGCCACCCCAAGAUUGUGACAUUCUUGGCCUUUGAGGACUCUCUGGGGAUUACUCUGACCAGCACAGCUCUGUUCUUCUCUGUGGUGACAGUUGCAGUUUUGCGGUUGUUUCUGAAGCACCAAGAUACUCCCAUAGUCAAGGCCAAUAAUUGGGCCCUGAGCAUCAUUUUGCUCAUCUCCAUUCUCCUGUGUUUUCUCUGUUCUUUGCUCUUCAUUGGCCGUCCCUGCACAGCCACCUGCAUCCUCAGACAAGUUACAUUUGCUCUUGUGUUCACAGUUGCUGUUUCCACUGUUUUGGCCAAAACCAUUACCGUUAUUCUGGCAUUCAAGGCCACAAAGCCUGGAAGAACAGUGAGAUGGUUGUUGGUAUCAGGGGCUUCUAACUCUGUCAUUCCCAUUUGCUCCCUGAUCCAAGUGAUUGUCUGUGCAAUCUGGUUGGGAACCUUUCCCCCUUUCAUUGAAACAGAUUUACACUCUGAGCCUAGAAACCUCAUUAUUGUGUGCAAUAAAGGCUCAGUCAUUGCCUUCUACUGUGUCCUGGGAUACCUGGGCAUCUUGGCCCUUGGGAGCUUCACUGUAGCUUUUUUGGCCAGAAACCUGCCUGACACAUUCAAUGAAGCUAAGUUCCUCACAUUCAGCAUGCUGGUGUUCUGCAGUGUCUGGGUCACCUUCCUCCCUGUCUACCACAGCACCAAAGGGAAGUUCAUGGUGGUGGUGGAGGUCUUCUCCAUCUUGGCCUCUAGUGCAGGACUCUUAGGCUGUAUCUUUGCUCCCAAGUGCUACAUUAUUUUGAUAAGACCUGAUAAGAACUUUUUCAAGAGUUUAAAGAACAGGGGAAUUAGGCAUUCUGAGAUUUCAACUUAUAAAUAUCAAUAG